ACACGGCUAAAAGUUAAUUGUUAGGUUAAUUAUUUCAAAUUUAGUAGAAGGUUCGAACCUCUGAUUUAUAUCCAGAGUCAAUUUGAUAAGGACUACAUGCAUAAUGUUGUUCAAUUAAAUUUUUAUAAAAAGUGAAGUGCAUUUAUCUUCUCCUAUUGUCAAAAUAUUUCAACUAAAUUGAUAAAUAUACUCAAGUGGAGUCGGCGAGUACGCAAAGUGCAGCUUUGUAUACUCGGCUAAAAUAUUGUUAGUCUUAGGAAUUAUUCUGGUUGAAAUAAUUAGGUUAACUAUUAUUGUUAUUUAAAGGCAAAAUUAUAUAUAUAUAUUUUUAAAAGGUGGAGUGAGAAAAACUGCUAAGUCCUUUUGGUUUAAUUCUCAAAAUAACAAAAAUUUCAAUCAAUUUGAAAUUAGAAAAAAAAAAAUAUUUUGAGAAUUUUAGUAGAUUAUUAUUUAAAAUCAAGUCUUAUUUAUAACUCAAUUGUCAAAAAAUAAUCAACCAAAUAAUUAUUCAAAACAUCUUUUUAAUUCCAUGAGAAACUUUUUCUAAGAAAACCAAAUAAAAUUGAUCCAAAAUACAAGCCCUUUAGGAUAAAAGGAGACGUGAAGCAUUGGCUCAUUUGUAUAGUCCAAACCGAACCGAACACCAAGAAAGCACCAGCUACUACUUCUUUCUUUCAUUCAAAAAGGCAAACUCACUCCUCCAGAUUCUUAAGCCUAUCAAUAUAGUCCUCACAUUACAAUUCUUUUUUUCUUUUUUGUAUCAGGUAACUAUUCUCCUACAACACACACACACACACUACAUAGUCUACAUGCUCGCGUGGACCUGUCAUACAAUAAAUAUAGUAUAUACUACUAUACAGUUUAUGCGUUCGAUCUUUCUUGUGAAUUGAAACCAAUUAUAUAUAAUAUAUACUACUAUAUGUAUUCUAUUCUGAGCUCACAUGGUGUGUUCUUAGCAACAGCCAUAGCCGUCUCCGGCGCCGCAAUCUUCCUCGCCCUGCUCCGGAGGGAAAAAAAUUUCCCACCUACACAAAUUUCCUCCGGUAAUCAACUAAUUCAUCCCCAUCAUCCCACAAAGCAAAUUCUACGUUCUUGCUUAUCUUCAGAUGAAAAGAGAAGGGAGAGAAAGAAGAAGAGAGUUCAAUUUGCUGAUAGCGUGAAGGAUGGUGAGGAGUUGAGGAAAGAGAAGAAGAGGAAGUCAAAAAGAAGUUGGUGGACGGAAAAUCCUGAAAUCCACGGAAUACCGGGGAAUCGGGUGGCUUUGUACAAUGGAAUUCUCAGAGAUCGUGUACCAAGGAUGGAGUGCUCUUAUUGAUCAAUCCAAGGUUUGGGUUUUGUAAUUUGUUUGGGCUGAAACAAAUUUGAAGGGAAAGGGACCAUGGAUUCUAAAUACUGGAACUUGAAGCUUAUUUGUCUAUUCUCGCUAGCACGCUCUUAGGCGUGUUUUGUUUUAAGCCAUUCUUUUGUUGCAGUCUGAUUUAAAUAGUAAUAAGAAGUAUGUUUGGUAGCAUGUCCAUUUGUCAUAAGAUUUUUUGAAAUAAAAAAUAUUAAAAUUUAUUUUGUUAAAAAA